AUGACUACUCUCUAUAAGCAAAGUAUCCCCGUCCUGGUCAAGUACCUAAAGAACCUCUCUUUCAUGCUCCAAAAAGGCGCCAAGUUCUGUGAAGAAAAGAGUAUAAAACAUGAAGACAUGCUAUCAUACCGUCUCAUUUCUGACAUGAGAGGUCUUCCUUUCCAAGUCCAAUCCUGCUCCAACACAGCAAAAUUCGUCGCAUCACGCUUCGGCGCCCCAAACGUCACAGUUUUUGAAGACAAUGAAGAAACAUUCGAACAGCUCCAAGACCGCAUCGCCAAAACAGUUGAGAUUCUAGAGAGUGUAGAGCCAGAUCUCAUCAACGGUAAGGAAGAUGUCGAGAUCCUCGUCGAAGCCAAGAUGGGCACUUUUCGCUUCACUGGAGAGAGGUAUAUAAACGAAUACGUCAUUCCAAACUUUCACUUUCAUCUUACUUCUGCAUAUUGUAUCAUGCGUACUCAAGGUGUUCCUCUGGGUGCUUUUGAUUACUUGAAGGAUGUUUUUGAAAAGGUUUGA